AGCAUGCUUUCUAGUUACCGCAAUAAAAUCCCUUCCUACCUGUAAUAUCUUUUUAUACCUGUAUUCCUGUAUUCAGGCGUUGGAACGUGUGGAUGGAUUGCGCCAUUGGCUAUAUAUUUAUAGGUUAGCUAGAUGAGUGCUGCACGGGGAUACAGCAGAGUCAUGGUUUGUGGUUUUGCAACAUAUGCAGUUCUCGUUAUUUAUCUGAAUAUGCAGAUUCAAGGACCAAAAACAGCACUGUUUACAACUCAGAGGCAGUCUAAAGAAAGUAGAUAUGCUAUGUCAAAACAAAAAGGAAGAUUUGGUCUAAAAGGAGUAACAGAACGGUGUUCAAAAAUAAAAUAUAGAUAUGAUGGGAAGAUACCAAAUAGGAUAUUCACAAAUAGUCUGCUUCCACUUAAAAAGUACAACGUUACAUUCUGUAGAGUAACAAAAUGUGCAUCGACGUUUUGGACAAGACUAUUGGUGUGUUUAGAAAGAGAUCUAUGGAAACCACCUUAUGUGUUCAAACCUAAUGAUGGCAGUGUAAAAUUAAGAGAUAAUUUUAAUAGGUUCCCUAUUCGAAAGAUAUAUAAAAGGGUAAAUGAUACUAAAAAUUUUAUGUUCAGUAGAAAUCCGUAUUCAAGAAUAUUUUCGUUCUAUGUAGAUAAACUCUUUUCUCCUAAUCCAUAUUAUUGGAAUAGUCUCGGUGUGCGUAUUACCAAACGAAGCCGAGGAAACGCAUCAUGUGGUCAUGAUGUCACAUUCAACGAGUUAGUUGAUUAUAUUAUUUUCACUCCAUCCACCGCAAGAGAUUUCCAUACUAUACCAAUCAAUGAUGUUUGCCGGCCAUGUAUUAUUCCUUAUGAUAUCAUUGGCAAGAUGGAAAAUUUUGAAAAUGAUGUUUCCAAUAUACUAAAAGAAUUAGGUGCGGAAUCAUAUCCAUACUUUUCGGAAAAUUUUAGGAAAGAAUACACAGCAGACUCUAUUUAUGAUAUUGCACACGCCUAUAUUUCAUUUCGACAAGAUUCAGAUAAAUGCAUAGACCGUCAAACUGGAUUAAAACGUGUUUGGCGGGUUUUACAAAUAAGAGGAAUCAUUUCAAAAUCAGUGCAAAUGCCUUUCUCUUCAAAAGAAUCACAGACUAUUACACUUUCAAAAUUACUGAAUACUAUUUUGAAAGCACGCGAUGACUCUUUAAAUGAAGAGUUGAAGGAUCAAAAGGCAACGUUUUUUAAAGAGGCAUACUUAAGCGUUCCUUUAGAUAAAAUGAUGAAGCUACAAAAAGUGUACAAAGAGGAUUUUCAAAUAUUCAACUAUGAAUCUUUCCCUAAAAAUUUGUUUAAAGCAAAAAGGAACACAGCAAAAGAAAUAUUUAUUGUUUAAAAUAACAUUCGUCCAAGAGAAGACUGUGAUAGUUGAUAUACUGUUCAUGUAAAGAUAUUCGAAUGAUAAAAACCAUAUAACACCAUCUUGUUCAGGAAUUUUAUUUGCAAAUAAAAUUAAUGAACUAAAUGAAUCGUAAAA